UUGUCUUUUGCAGCGCAAGCACCUCCUGCAAAUAGGAGGGAAGUCGCUGCGCGAGGUGGCAUCGAAUGCCAUGAAGGCUGUAAUGGCACACCCCGUCCAAGUGCUUUACAGCCUUCAUGGCAGGAAGGGGAAGAGGGCUUUCAUAAAUCUGAAGUUAUGCCGGAUAGUCACAGAUGUCAUCUGUGCAAAAGGGGGGGGGCCAACCUGACAGAAGCUCAGGGCUUCAUUAAGAGGUGGUUGCCAGGGUCUGUGGACAGGGGUGGUGGCAGGAAGAGGCGUUUUGCAGAAACGUUAGCAGCAGAGCAGCCCGAUGAUCCCUCCCUUCGGGGCAGGGAUCAUUGCCUGCCCACUGCUGCCCUCUCCCUGCCCCACCCUUGGCCUCAGGGCCCUGGCCAGUCCACCGUUGGCCCCUCCUGUCCGGCUGCCCAUGCUCCUUCCCCUGCUGCAGCCCCUCCUCCUGCCGCUCCUCCUGCCCCUGCUCCUGCCGCUCCUCCUGCCCCUGCUCCUGCUCCUGCCGCUCAUCCUGCCCUUGCUCCCCCUGCCCCUGUAUGCAUCAAUUGA